AUGGCCAUCGCCGCCCGCAGGCUGCGCACACCGCGCCUCGCCCCGGCGCGCAACCACUGCCGCCAUGCCGCCACCUAUGCCGACAGCCUCGCCGCCACCCUCGCCCACCUCCUGUCGGCCUUUGGCGCCUUCCUCGCGACCCACCAGACCCUGUCGCUCAUGUCGACCGCGCUCGUCAUCUGCAGCCUCCUGUCGCCCGCCAUCAUCCUCACCUUCUCGCCCUCGGGCUCCAUCUUUGACCUCAGCGCCUCGGCCAUCACCCGUCGCGGCCGCGGCGAACUCGUGUGGGAGCUCGACGGCCUGCGCCGCCAGGGCCUCAUCUCGACAGAGGAGGACGUGUGCUGGGACCGCGUGCGCACCUACUACGACAAGACGGGCCGCGAGGGCGGCGGCAGACGCAUCCGCGUCGAGCAGGUCCUCGUCCCCGUCGUCGGCGUCGGCGCGACCGCGCACCGUGGCACCAUCACCAAGGGCGUCCUCCACCGCACCAUGCGCGUCCAGCACGAGCUCGAGCGCCGCCUCGUCGACGGCCAAGUCGAGGGCAACGCGUGCCUGCGCGUCGGUGGCCCGUCGGCGGGCGAGGAACGGUGCGCGGCCCUGAGCCCCGUCGGGUGGUGGGCCGACGAGCAGGCCCUGUUGCGCGACGACGACGUGCACCGCACCCUGAGCAAGGUCCCCCUCGUCGAGCCGACCUUGGCCCGCGUCGGCCUCCCGUUGACCCUGUCCGAGACGUUCGUCGGCGUCGGGCGCGACCGACACGGCACGGUCAAGUCGGCGCAACAACUCGUCCUCACCUUCUUCCUCGACGACGGCCCGUUCCCGCAGUCGCCGUCGCUCCCGUCCCCGACCAACCUGACGCGGUACGAGGACUCGGCGCGCGACGUCGCCGCCCGAGCGUGGCGCCAAGCCGUACACGACGUCGUUGACCACCGCGGGUGGACCUCGCCCGUCUCGGUCGACCCGAUGGGCCUCACGACGAGCGCUCGCGCCCCGACCCGCCACGUCCUCCUCAAGUUCCUGCCGCACCUCACGGUCGCCGCGCACCCGCGCCGGCUCGAGAACGUCAUCUAUGGCGUCGGCUACCUCCUCGUCACGCUGUACGUGUGGCGGUACAUCGGCAAGCUGCGCGCCCACUCCAAGAUGGGCCUGCUCGUCACGGGCGUCGUCGAGUUGACGGCGUCGGGCAUCAUGAGCGUCAGCAUCUGCUGGCUCAUGGGGUGGGACCUCGGCCUCGUUCCCUGGAACCUCCUCGCGUUCCUCGUCCUCACGUCGGGCCUCGACAACAUGAUCCUCGUCCUGCGCGCCAUCGCCAGCACCGACGUCAACCUGCCCGUGCCGCAGCGCAUGUCGGUCGGCCUGCGCGCCGUCGGCGUCGAGAUGACGGUCCUGCUCGCCGUCGAGGAGGUCAUGGCGCUCGGGCUCCUGUGGUGGGUCGAGAUCAGCGUCAUGCGCGAGUGGAUCCGCUUCGGCGCCGUCGUCCUCGUCGUCGACUACUUUCUCGAGCUCACGUUCUUCUCGACGGUCCUCUCGAUCGACAUUCAGCGUCUCGAGCUCGCCGACCUCCUCGUCCAGAACCCGGCGUCGCAGUACCAGCCCGUGGCGCCGGCCGAGACGUCGAGCAAGUCGGUCACGGCGGCCUCACCGGCGUCGGGCUCGUUCCGCCGGUCGGCAAGGUCGGCGUGGAAGGUCCUGCGGCAGCGUCCGGCCAAGACGGCGACCGUCGCGUUCCUGUGGUUCAUCAACGUCAUCCUCUGGGCCUUCUACGGCAGCGAACACUACCUCCCCGCCGCCUGCUCCCACACCGCCCUCUCGUCCGACCGCCCGUUCCUCGCGCCAUCCCUGUCGCCGGCCGUCUCGCGCUCGCUCCGCCUCGGCCGCUCGGCCGUCGAUCCGGCGUCGUCGUCGUACCUCGACGUUCCCGCCGACGCCGGCUCGGCCUUCUGGCACCUCGUCAACCCGGGCAACGCGACGAGCGUCCAGGUCUACCUCGAGCCGCCCGUGUCGGUCCAGUUCUUCACCGACGACGCGCUCGCCGCGCCCGAGAGCCUCGACCUCCUGUCGCACACGGGCACGGGCGCGCACGAGUCGUCGCUCGUCACCAAGGCGGCGCUCGUCGUCCUCCCGAUUGCCGUCGUCAUGGCGCUCCUGUACCUCCUCCUCAUGUACCUCCUCAAGGACGCCGAGCUCCUCCAGGCCCACUGGGGCAGCGAGGAGCGCCUCGGCGGGCCCGAGCGCCGCAGGCGCCAGGCCCAGGUCAAGCAGCAGGGCCCCGGCGCGGGCGUCGUGCGCGACGAGGCGCUCGCGACGCGCCACACGGGCGACGUCGAGCUCGUCGCGAGCGGCGGUGACGCGCUCGUCAGCUGGGCGGCGCUCGAGGCGACGCUGCAGGUGCGCAAGGGCGGCGCGAGCGGCGCGCACGACGAGCCGGUGACGGCGUUCGCGCUCGAUGUCGCGAGCCACGUCGAGCUCGUGUCUCUCGUCGCGCUCGCCGUCGAUCCCGAGGCCCGCUUCGUCGCCGCUGCGACCUCGACGGGCCGGGUCCUCGUCUGGCCGCUCGAGCGCGGCGCGUCGCCCCUCUCGUUCGACGCCGCCUCGACCACCACCGCGCCCGUCGUCGCCCUCGUUCCCGAGACCGAUGCCGCCCCUCGCUCGCCGGCUCGCUCUCUCGACGAGCCGUCGCAGGGCGCGCCCGCCCCGCCGACGAUCAGCAUCAGCCGCAGCCGCACGCCCGAGCAGCUCUCGCCCGCCGCCUUCUACAGCCUCCACCGCGACGGCCAUGUCGUGCGGUGGGACUGCGGCGCGAGCCUCGCGACGGUCGUCGUCGCCGCGCCGUCGGCCGAGGCGCUCGACGCGCCCGUCAAGCGGUGGCUCGUCCCGGCGCCGUCGGCGACCGCGCCCGGGCCCCACGCGCCGCUCCUCGCGCUCGCACUGCCCGGCAGCAGGCUGCAGCUCGUGUCGCUCGCGAGCGAGUCGGCGGGCGAGGUCGUGUUCGACGAGACGGUCGCCGACGCGCAGGGCGCGGCGCUCACGGCGCUCGCGCUCGGCAGCUUCGCCAUCGGCGGCGGCGACGGCAACGGUCAAGCAGGGCUCGGACCGCUGCAGCAGGUCGUCGCCGUCGGCACCUCGACGGGCGCCGUCGCGUUCUUUACGCUCGCGUCGCCGUCCACCCGCCUCGGCGAGUCGAUCGAGGUGGGCUCGCCCGUGCGGCAGAUCCGCCUCGUCGAGGCGCCGCACGACCAGACGUGCUCGACCUGCGGCGAGGCGCUCGUCGACGGCUUCACGGCCCUCGUCUCGACCCGCACGACCCUGCGCGUCCUGCGCAUCUUCAUCCCGCCGACGCCUGCCGCCCUCGAGCCGUGCGCGUGCAACUCGGCCGACGUCGCCGCCGUCGGACGCAGUCGCUCGUCGUCGACCGGGCCCACCCUCGCCCUCGGCGGCAGCCCUCUCGCGUCGCGCACCCUCGGCUCGAGCAUGUCGUCGGCCCUCACGGCCUCGGGCGGCCGACGCUUCUCGCCGCGCAAGAAGCCUCUCACGCCUACUCGCCUGACACCCUUCAACCUCGGCGACGGCUCGCCGCUGCGCCCGAGGCUGCCGCCGCCGGCCCCGAGCGGCGACAGCGUGUCGAGCUCGAGCUCCGGGUCGCCUGUCCAGGAGCGCACGGCGCCGCCGCUCGCGACGCCCGGCACCCUCGCGCCCCCGCCACUCGCGACGAGCCCGCAGGCGUCGCCGUCGCUCGAGCUGGGCCCCGUCGAUGCGGCACCAGGACCUUCCUCCUCGCCGCCGCCGCCGAUGCUGCCGCUUCGUGCGGCCGAGGUCGCGAGCGCGCCCCUCGACGAGCGCAGCGGGUGGGACGUGCUCGGCUCCGGGCGAGGCGCCCAGGUCGUCGGCCUGCGCAGGCGCCGGCUCGCCGAGGCGGACGGCGAUGCGCUCGUCGUGGGCGGCGGCGGUGAGCGAGGGUGGGAGGUGUGGUCCCUCGCGCUCGGCCGGGUCGGGGCAUCGUUCGACGAGGGCUUCGAACGAGGGUCGAGCCCGCUCGGGCGCGUGCUCGAGCCGAGGACGCCCAAGCGGCAGGAGGGCAGGGCGGUGGACGCGCACGAGCCGCUCGACGAGGGCGGCGCCGCGCAAAGCAGCCGGCGGACGAGCCUGACUCUUCGUCGCCGCCUCCCGUCGACCUUGACGCCCUCGUCGUCCUCGAACCCGGCGACGGCCACCUCGAGGCGCGUCUCGGCCGCGCCGUCGAUCCGAUUCUCGCCCUCGACCGCCUCGAGCGCGCCCGACCUGCCCUUCUCUCACGCGCGCCCGGUCACGCCUGCGCUCGGCGGCGAGGCGUUGACGGUCGGACUCGGGAACCAGCUCGUCGUGCUCAAAGCGGUCGAGGAGCAGCAGCAGGACGCUGGGUUGAACGGCUUCCUAGGGUGGUCCUGAGUCUCUCGACUUCCUCCUCGUCAGUAGAUUUGUUGUUUGUACCGUGCUUAUUGCAAACCUGUCAGUCU